ACUCUAACACGCGCAUUUCUGGCCUUGAAAAACUGCUUUGAAAGCUGCACUCACUUUACUCUCUGUACCUUAUUUAUUACAUCCGCAAUGAAUAUACAAAUUGAUCUUGGUACGAUCCCGACAUCGCCGCUCUCGCCAGAAUGGGAAGUUCCCACAACGACUUCCAGCCCCUUCGAACCUUGCGGUCAUUCUUUUGUGUUUAAGAGUAGCGCAACAGAAACUGAGUUGGGCCGUACCAUAAAAGAGGUUGCAAUACAGUUCUCACAAUUCAUGGAGGAAGAUCCAUCCUUGGAAGCUACACAAGACUUUCUUCGGCACUGGAUAGACACAAGCACGAACAAGAUCCCGCCCAUGGUUCUCGAAUGGAUGGAAAAUUAUGAGGCAUGUGCUAUCGCUGCCGAAAAUUACCGCAUGGAUCUUAUUCAAGUUCUGCUGCGCUGCGGUUUCAAACUAGAUCAUACCGUAGUCUUCAAUCUGGUCGAAGCGGCCAAGAAGAGUGGCGAUAUUAUAGAGACACUCGAGUUUAUCACGGAGAAUGGGUGGGAUCUGAAUGCGCUGACUGGAGGGAUAGGAAAUAGGAGGCCAGUUCUAUGUCUGGUAGUUGAGGACGAAGCCGCCGUCAAGUGGUGUCUUGAUCGCGGAGCAGACCCCAACGGGAUGUCUGUACAUGGUGUGACGGUUCUUCAUUGUGCUGCUAGGAACGCAUCCCUGUCGACACUAAAGAUGCUGCUUAGCGCUGGCGGGGACAUUUCAGCAACGUCCCCUUCGAGCGGGAUUCUCGUCCACGCUGUUGCCUCUUAUCCUAAAAAACCAGAUCGACGUGUCAUCAUAGAAUAUCUUAUUAACCGCGUUGAUGUGAAUGCACUAUUCAUGCAACCCAAAGAGGGAUCCAAACGCUCUCACCUUCCAUGGGCAGGACAUCAAACAGCGUUACAUCUCGCAGUCAAUGACGGAAAUAGGGAUCUCGUAGAGUAUCUUCUCAAGCAUGGUGCAUCUACACAAUUGCGAGUCUUUGGUCCGGCUUCGCGCCACAAAUGGAUGAGUGUGGUGAGAUUGGCCGAUAGCCAUGGUCAUGAGAACCUGAGAGAUCUAUUGGAUGAUAGUGCGCCCGGGAAGACUUCUUCUGAGUAG